CGUGCGAAUUUCCUAAACUACCCUCUAACACCCCCCCCUCUCUCUCUCUUCUCCUCUUUCUCUCCCUUUUCGGCUUUUCCCACUUGAUCAAACCCCCCUCAGAUUUGGUUCUUUGGAUCAGCCUCCUUCCAUCUCUCGUUAUCCAAGCUACUCUGGUUGUUUAUGGAGCUUCCGAAGCGCCUAGAUCAGAGUCUCCCAGAGAGGAAAGGCCAUAAGCGGAAACUGGAGGAGGAAUUUGAAGAAGAACGGGAGAUCUCUGUACCUACAGGGGACGCCAAGCAAGCGUUACUCACCGAGGUCAGUGAUCAAGUUGAAAUUCUCAAUUCCACUUUUUCAUGGAAGGAAGCCGAUCGAGCUGCUGCUAAGCGAGCUACUCAUGUUCUUGCCGAGCUUGCUAAGAACGAAGAAGUAGUAAACGUGAUUGUGGAAGGUGGAGCCGUGCCGGCUUUAGUCAAACAUCUACAAGCACCGCCUACUGUUGAAGGUGAUCGUAGUCUUAAGCCAUUUGAGCACGAGGUUGAGAAAGGAAGUGCUUUUGCUCUUGGACUACUGGCUGUAAAGCCAGAGCACCAGCAACUGAUAGUUGACAUUGGGGCUCUAUCACACCUCGUCGAACUAUUGAAGAGACACAAGGAUGGUGCUUCUCGAGCUGUAAACAGUGUUAUUCGUAGAGCUGCAGAUGCCAUUACAAAUCUUGCCCAUGAGAACAGUUUCAUCAAAACACGGGUUAGGAUGGAAGGUGGAAUUCCUCCACUUGUUGAAUUACUUGAAUUUACUGACACAAAGGUGCAAAGAGCUGCUGCUGGGGCAUUACGAACGUUGGCCUUUAAGAACGAUGAGAACAAAAACCAGAUUGUUGAGUGCAAUGCUCUCCCUACACUCAUUUUGAUGCUUCGUUCUGAGGAUGCUGCUAUACAUUAUGAAGCGGUUGGCGUUAUUGGAAAUCUGGUGCACUCAUCCCCGAAUAUAAAGAGAGAAGUUCUUCUUGCAGGAGCUUUGCAACCUGUUAUUGGAUUACUCAGUUCUUGCUGUUCUGAGAGCCAAAGGGAGGCAGCAUUAUUACUUGGACAAUUUGCAGCAACUGAUUCGGAUUGUAAGAUUCAUAUUGUACAGAGAGGUGCUGUUCGACCCUUAAUUGAGAUGCUUCAAUCACCUGAUGUACAGCUUCGAGAAAUGUCAGCUUUUGCAUUGGGGAGGUUGGCACAGGAAACUCAUAAUCAAGCUGGUAUUGCACAUAAUGGUGGUCUAAUGCCAUUACUGAAGCUUCUGGAUUCAAAAAAUGGUUCUUUGCAACACAAUGCAGCGUUUGCUCUUUAUGGGCUUGCAGAUAAUGAGGAUAAUGUAUCUGAUUUUAUUAGGGUCGGAGGAGUUCAGAAGCUUCAAGAUGGAGAAUUUAUAGUGCAAGCAACAAAAGAUUGUGUAGCAAAGACACUCAAGAGAUUAGAGGAGAAGAUACAUGGAAGGGUUUUAAAUCACUUAUUACAUCUAAUGCGUGUAGCUGAGAAAGCUGUGCAAAGACGAGUCUCUCUUGCUCUUGCUCAUCUUUGUUCACCCGAUGAUCAGAGGACCAUAUUUAUCGACAAUAAUGGUCUGGAGUUGCUUCUUGGUCUGCUUGGUUCUUCAAGUCUCAAGCAGCAGUUUGAUGGUGCUGUUGCGCUGUACAAGCUGGCAAAUAAAGCGAUGACUCUUUCUCCUGUGGAUGCUGCUCCACCAUCCCCAACACCACAGGUUUACCUGGGUGAGCAGUAUGUGAACAAUCCGACACUAUCUGAUGUGACUUUUCUUGUUGAAGGAAGACGCUUCCAUGCCCACAGAAUUUGCUUGCUUGCUUCGUCGGAUGCAUUCCGUGCUAUGUUUGACGGUGGCUAUCGGGAGAAGGAUGCUAAGGAUAUAGAAAUUCCAAAUAUUAGAUGGGAGGUUUUUGAGCUAAUGAUGAGAUUUGUUUACACCGGAUCUGUGGAUGUUUCAUUGGAUAUUGCUCAAGAUCUCCUGAGAGCUGCUGAUCAGUAUCUCUUGGAGGGACUUAAACGAUUGUGCGAAUAUACCAUUGCACAGGAUAUAUCAUUGGAAAAUGUUUCAAGCAUGUAUGAACUCUCAGAGGCCUUUAAUGCCAUAUCUUUGAGACACACGUGCAUCCUCUAUAUCUUGGAACAAUUUGAAAAACUCAGUGUAAUGCCAGGGCAUUCUCUUCUAAUUCAGCGCAUACUUCCUGAGAUCCGCAAUUAUUUUGCUAAAGCCCUGACCAAGGUUAAUCUCCAGAGCUCACGGCUGUAGAUGGCUGCACUGUGUCGUUAUUCAUCAUCGCUAACCAAAAAACACGAUGUACAGAUAGUGGUAGAUCUGGUUGCUGCUGCCGAGCUAGAUUGAGGUUCGAAUUAGCUGAUUUGUUUUAUGGCUCAUGAUCCUUUGAUUUUUUUUCCUCCCUAAUGGUAAGGGUUUUGAUCUUUUUGUAUAAAGUCGUAAGAAAUACCAUUGCUAGAUAGAAUGACCUUAGUCCUUACAAGAAUCUUAUCCUUGAAAUGCAUUGCAUUUAUUUUAUGAAUUGAUGUAUCUUCGCAAAUGACCAAGCUCUGGUGAAGAGGCAUUCAGUUGGAGAACACUGUAAAUUUGACACCAGUAAUAUCAAUUUCAGGGGUUUAAGAGUUUUUUUUCCUAA